CGCCAAACCCGGAAGUGCCCGGGCCGCCUGGCCGCCGCGGUCUCCCCGCCAUGGGCCGCAACAAGAAGAAGCGCGACGGCGACGACCGGCGGCCGCGGCUCGUCCUCAGCUUCGACGAGGAGAAGCGGCGGGACUAUCUCACCGGCUUCCACAAGCGCAAGGUGGAGCGGAAGAAGGCGGCCAUCCAGGAGAUCAAGCAGCGGCUCAAGCAGGAGCAGAAGAAACUGCGGGAAGAGCGCCACCAGGAGUACUUGAAGAUGCUGGCAGAGAGAGAGGAGGCCUUGGAGGAGGCGGAUGAGCUGGACCGCCUGGUGACCGCCAAGACGGAGUCGGUACAGUACGACCACCCCAACCACACGGUCACCGUCACCACCAUCAGCGACCUGGACCUCUCGGGGGCGCGGCUGCUGGGGCUGCCCCUGCCCGAGGCGGCCCGGCAGGAGUCGGAGGGAGAGGCGCCCAGUAAGGAGCCGGCCCGAGCCUUACCCCGAAAGUCCAAGGACCCCCUGCUGUCCCAGCGGAUCUGUUCCCUCACGGCCUCGCUGCACGCUCAUAGCCGCAAGAAGGUCAAGAGGAAACGCGCCCACCGAGCCCCGGACCCCAAGAAGCCACCCAGCGCCACGCGGACCAGCAAGACCCAGCGCCGCCGGCUGACGGGCAGAGCCCGGCACAGCGGGGAGUGAGCCCCGGCACCCCUCCUGGCUUAUCCCCCGGGGCCGGUCUCCCCGGGACCCGUCAGCCGCCGUCGGGUCCCUGACACUCUGCGCCAAGCCAGCCCUGGGCCCCGCCCGCUGUCCCACGGCAGAGGCAGGCUGGGGGGGGGCCAGGGACCAGGACUCGCCCACCCUCCCCCAGACACUUAGCCUGUGGGUGGGAAAGGGACCUGGAGGGGGCUAGGAGACCCCUGUCUUGAACCUCACAUGGGGUCGUGUGACUGAGCAGGGGGUUCGUCACAAACCACAAGGCCUGGGGCGUGAGUGCUGUGGCGAGGACGCUCUCUCGUCUCGCAUGUGUUGGGAUUUAAUCUCAGGCAUCACCAGGAGUGAUCCUGAGCACAGAGCCAGGAGUAGCCCCUGAGCACUGCAGGGUGGACCUAAACUCCCUCCCCAAGUUUCUUUUACAAUAAAAUUCUCAGGCCGGAGCAGUAGGACAGCGGGUGGGGCGUUUGCCUUGCAGGUGGCUGACCCGGGUUCAGUCCCCAGCACCCCAUGUUCUUGGUCCCCUGAGCCCAACAGGAGUGAUCCCUGAGCACUGCCUGGUGUGACCGCCAAACCAAAAAAUAAAUAAAUGAAUAAACUUGUGGUUUAUUGUUAGUGAAUGGUUUG